UCUGCGCUGACGAAAUACAUGCGGAACUAAUGUUUGACGGGAGUACAGAGGAAUAACUGCACACAAAUUGUAAUUCUGAUGAGAUAGCCAUAUUGCCAUCUUCGUCAAAACCUCCAUCACCAAAAGAUACGGACAAAUUUAGUCUUUUCUCAUUUAGUAAAAUAUCGAAUAUUCAUCCAAGAUGGCUCCGGGAGCGCGUGAUACUCUCCGAAACUUCAUGAGCUACACUUCUAUCCACGGACUUGGCCGACUGUCCGAGUCCCGUUUUUGGAUACAGAAAGCAUUCUGGUUUUGUAUGUGUCUGGCAUCUUUUAUUGUAUGCUUCUACCAAAUAUCGGAACUAUCAGCACAGUAUAAAAACAUACCUUUGAAUACAAAAGUUAGAAUAGUUCACGAGAACCAAAUGUUUCCAACUGUGACCUUCUGUGAUCUCAAUCCACUACUUUACUCAGAGGUAAAGAAAUGGUCGCAUUUGUUUGAAAUCAUUGAACAACUAUCAUAUUAUUGGAAUAUCAGCCUGACGGAGUUCCAGAAGCCUGGUGGUGUAGAUAGUCCGAUCCCAAAUUACACUUACUCAUCGACCUUGAACAUAGGUGCAUUUCGAGACCCACAUGAAGCUGGAAGGACAUUGUUUUCUCUGCGAAUGAUAGAUCUUUCUGAUGACCAAUUAUUACAGAUGUCAUCAUACUUUGACGAACUUGUGCUGGACUGCAAAUUUCAUGGUAACUCAUGUAGUAUGGAGUAAGUUUCAAUAGGUCGAUGGGCGUACUGUUCUAGUGUUAGUAUACCAUAGAAAAUACAGAAAAAACGUUUAGUAAUGUUGUUUGUGUAUUAUUACUGUAUCGAAAUACUUAUUUUG